AUCAGGCUAACCGUGGUCGAUCAGGAGGGCAUCGAGAUCUUCUUCACGUUGAAGCGGCGCACGCGUCUGGGCAAGCUGAUGAGCGCAUAUUGCCAGCGGCAGGGGCUAGCCACCCAAGGUGUGCGGUUCCUCUUUGACGGGGAGCGGCUCAACGCAUACCAUACGCCGGUGGAGAUGGACAUGGAGGACGGCGACAUCAUCGACGUGAUGCGGGAGCAGCUUGGG